AUGAACCUCCUCUACCUCCUUCCAUUCCUCCUCCAAUCCCUCUCCUUAACAACCGCCGCCCCAGUCAACAAAUCCUUCAACCUAGUGACAUCUAGCGCCAACACCGCCCGCAACAACCUCUAUCUCUCCACCCAAUCCACAGGCCCGCUAAAUAGCAACCCCGUCUUCCGCGACCCCGCAAAUGCCGCAACGUUCGACCUCUCCAACACGACUGUGCACUACGAGGCACCUAACAAGGCACCCUGGGCGCUGGCGUUGGUAACUGGGCAUACUGUGCAGGGAAAUGUGGAGGUUAGCGUGAGCCCUAGUGCGGGGGCUACGGUUAGUACGGGGUUUAAUAUUGCGGAGGGUGGGGUUUUGGAGGUGGAUAGUGAGAGAUGGGGCGGGUGGUUAGUUUGUCCGGGCCAGGGUACGUCGCUGUUGGAGUUAUUUUAUCAAGACACUACUGCAGGGAACGGGGUGCCGGAUGGGUGUGAUCAGGUUCAGUUGAAUGCUGUUUUUAAGAGCUCGUAG